AUGAAUGCAGCCAAUGCGUCGAUCUACGCCGUUCUGGGUGCCACCGGUAAUUGUGGAUCAGCCUUGGUCCAGACGCUGCUCGCCCAACCCAACAAGCACAUCAAUGCUUUCUGUCGAAACGAACCCAAACUGAGGCKCCAGCUCGGCGAUGGCGAUAAUCAUGAAAGAGUCCACGUCUACGAGGGCAGCCUAAAUGACGUCGAUCUGCUGGCUGCUUGUAUACGGGACUGCCAAGCGGUCUUCCUGUGCGUAUCUACAAACGACAACGAGCCGGGCUGCCAUAUGGCCCAAGACACCGCCGCGGUGGUCAUUCAGGCAUUACGCAACUCACAAAAGUCUCGUGCAACCAAACUACCAAAGGUCGUGCUGCUCUCGUCCGGGACCAUCGACGAACGAUUUUCUCUCCAUGUACCGUCCUUACUACUCCCGGUUCUGCUUCGCUCAGCAUCGCAUGUUUAUCAUGACAUCAAAGUCGCAGAGGACAUGCUCCGAGCAGAGAGUGAUUGGCUCACCAGCAUAUAUAUGAAGCCAGGCGCUCUUUCUGUUGAUUUAUCACGCGGAUAUGCUCUGAGUACCACUCAGCAAGACGGUCCGACAUCUUAUUUGGAUCUGGCCGCGGCUAUGGUUGAGGCUGUGGAUGACCCAGAUGGAAAAUACGAUAAUCUGAGCAUCAGUACUGUAUCUACCCACGGGCCCGCCAAAUUUCCCCCCGGCACUGUUCUGUGCAUCGUGCUCGGCCUGCUGCGACACUAUAUGCCUUGGCUGCAUCCAUAUCUGCCACGCACUUGA